AUGGAAUUGAACCAGUUUGAAAACAUCAGCCGACUCGCCAACCACAAUAACGUAAACAACAUGGACUUUACAUUAGCCCUCUAUGCGUCCAAAGCCAAAAAGACUAUUGCCUGUUGUAUCGAUGAAUAUGAUAGUAGAUUUCCCAACGGCGUGCCCAAGGCGCCACAAAGUACCUCGUUCGCUCUGGCCUUACCAAUUGUACAGUCGGACAAUACCUUAAUAGGUGUACUCGAGCUCUACCGGAAGAAAGGAUCGCCAUAUUUCUUUGAGGAGGACGAGGAGAUUGCCAACAGUUAUCUAGUGUGGGGUGGAGUGGCCCUCCAUUACGCUGAACUUUACUACAAUCUAUCGCAACAAAGAAAGCUGAAUACAUUUCUGCUAUCAGUAGUCAGAUCUGUAUUCCAAGAUAUGGUUAAUAUGGACGUGGUAGUAUCCAAAAUAUUGGAAUAUGCUCGUAAUCUAGUGAAUGCGGAUAGGACCUCGCUGUUUUUGGUGGACUAUGCUAAAAAUCAAUUAUACGCCCAUAUAUUUGACGCCAACGAUAACAAAGAGGCCGAUGCGCUAAAAAACGAGAUCCGAUUCCCUAUUGGGGCCGGUAUUGCCGGAUAUGUGGCCAAAACAGGGGAACCUUUAAACAUACCCAACGCUUACGCCGAUGAGAGGUUUAACCGUAGUAUUGACCAGAAAACUGGUUACACAACAAAGAGCCUGCUCUGUAUGCCCAUUUUCAUCGAGGACAAGGUGAUUGGCGUACUGCAAAUGGUAAAUAAAAUAAACGAUGUAUUUACUAAAGAGGACGAAGAUAGUUUUGCCGUAUUUGCCACUUACUGCGGGUUAGCCCUUGAUCACGCUAGGUUAUACGAAAAAAUACAUAAAUCAGAGGAGAAAUAUAAGGUUGCGCUGGAAGUGCUGUCAUAUCACAACACGUGUACCAAUGAUGAGCUCAACACAAUUAAAUCGCGGCCAUUAGAUUCACUGCCCAAUGAGACAGACCCAUCAUUCUCUCCAUACACGCUGUCCAACGACGAGAAGGUGUUAUCAUCGGUAAAACUGAUCCAAUCGUUUAGUGGCGUAACCAAGUGCGAAGUGGACGACAUAUACCGGUUUACAUUGACCGUGCGCAAAAACUACCGCGCCGUGCCCUAUCACAAUUGGACACACGGCUAUAGCGUGGCCCAGACUAUAUACCGGCUAACGUGGGAGUGUGAUCAUUUUUGUCCCCUGGAAAAGUUUUCAUUUUUUGUGGCCGGCCUGUGCCACGAUCUAGAUCAUCGGGGCACUAAUAAUCAGUUCUUGGUCACUUCUUGCGCAUCAUUAGCCGCCCUGUACUCCACGAGCCCUCUAGAGUAUCAUCAUUUCAAUCAGACAGUGUCUAUACUCCAGCAAAACGGAAUGAAUAUAUUGAAAAACAUGUCAUCGGAGGACUACAAGACUGUGUUGGCCAACAUUAAGCAUUACAUAUUGGCCACAGAUAUGGCCAAGUUUUUUGGCACGAGCAAAAAGCUAAACACGCUGGCCACUAAUGGCACGUUUAACUGGGCCAACCCUGAGCAUAAAUUACUACUAUCAUCGUUGGCAAUGAAUGGGGCGGACCUGAACUCAACGGCGCUGCCCUGGGCAGAGGCGCGGCUAAAGACCAAGGAGCUUUUUGACGAGUUUUACGCCAUGGGUGAUAGCGAGAGACAGGCGGGUCGGGAGCCCAUAGCGCUAAUGGAUAGGCUUAAACUCGAUGAACAGCCCCGCACUCAAGUAGAGUUCCUCGAGAACGUGUCCAUACCGUGUCUAAAGUUGGUCAAUCAGUUUUUGCCUGAAGCCCAACCCUACCUUGAUCACUCGUUGUAA